CAGGCCCAGCGUUUAAGCUGCCAAGCAUCAGUGGAAGGAGUAGCUUCGCCUAUACGUAUCAUCCGCCAAAGAAGACAUUGGGAGUGCUUAGUUUUGGCCACAUAUUGACAGCGAACAUGGUGCUCGAACUUAUUUCCAGUGCAAAAUGCUUCGAGGGCGAGCAGCGCGUGUAUCAGCACAGGUCCAGGACGCUGAACUGCGACAUGACCUUUGGAGUGUUUUUGCCGGCUGCUGCCCUUGAAGAUAAGACGCCCUGCCCGGUGCUUUUCUUCCUAAGCGGCCUCACCUGCACGCACGAGAACUUUAUACAGAAGAGCGGCUUCCAACAGUACGCCGCAAAGCACGGCCUCAUCGUGGUUAAUCCAGACACAUCGCCGCGUGGCGUCGAUCUGCCCGGACAGGAUGCUGCUUACGAUUUUGGGAGCGGUGCCGGUUUCUAUGUGGAUGCCAAACAGGAGCCCUGGUCAAAGCACUACAAGAUGUACAGCUAUGUAACCGAAGAACUGGUCGAGCUGGUCAAUGCCAAUCUGCCGGUGGCGGCCGGAAGGCGUGGCAUCUUUGGCCACAGCAUGGGCGGACACGGAGCCUUGAUCUGCGCCCUGAAGAACCCAGGACUCUACAAAUCUGUGUCUGCAUUUGCACCCAUUGCCAAUCCCUCAGAGGGUGCAUGGGGCAAAAAGGCGCUCACCGGCUACAUUGGCGACAACGCUGCCGACUGGGACCAGUGGGAUGCCACCCGUCUAGUCUCCCAGUACGAGAGCACGCCCCAAGAGCUGUUCAUCGAUCAGGGACUGGCGGAUAACUUCCUUACCGCCAAGCAGCUGCUGCCGGAGAACCUGCUGGCAGCCGCCGACACCAACGAGCACAUCCAGACGAUUUACAAGCAGCGCGAGGGCUACGAUCAUGGUUACUUCUAUAUAUCCACAUUCGUGGGCGAGCACAUUGCCUACCAUGCCAAUCUGUUGAAGGCGACCAAAGUUUAAGAAUUAAAUUCUGUGUAAAAACC